CACCAAUCCUCGCCAGGAUUACUAGGCAUAGCCACUUCAUUGCAUUACGAACCGGCAACGGUGUUACUCUUUCAGCAUGCAUGCAAACAUGGCCCCAGUGCCUUGCAAGGCUGCAGCUGCUUCCGGAGACCGUGACCUCGGCUGAACGCAAUCCAAGAGUGCGGAGACCGCUUCCAACCGCUCUCUGUAGUGCAUCUCGCAUCUUGACGAUACCCCACGACGCCUACCCUUCACGACUACACAAUGCGGACAGUAUCAGCAUUUGCUUCGCCUGUGCGAAGAACGGUACCAUUUGCAGCACGCCAAAGUACACGAAGAUGCUUCUCGAACUCCCAGAACUGGCAGGCUACGUGGGGGUUCAUCGGCCUCGGGCGGAUGGGAUACCCCAUGGCAAAGAACCUCAGAGCUAAGAUACCAGCUGAAGACACCCUGUUUGUACAUGAUGUCAACACCGCAGCCACCAAGCAAUUCCUCGAUGAGCAUCCCCAGGGUGUCAAGGUUGCUAAAAACGUUCGAGAAGUUGCCGAGAACUCUGAAACAAUCGUCACGUCGUUGCCAGAGCCUAAGCAUGUCAAGGCUGUUUUCAAAGAGAUGCUGGAGCCUCCAACGCUUCUCACAGAUGGGGUAGUCAAGAAAGAGCGCUUCUUCAUUGAUUGCUCGACUAUUGACCCUAUGACAUCGGGUGAAGUGGCGCAAGCUGCUCACUCUACUGGCCAAGGCAAGUUUGUAGAUGCGCCCAUGUCGGGUGGUGUUGUUGGUGCACAGGCAGGCACGCUCACCUUUAUGAUUGGUGCACCACCAGAGGCCGUUGAGGGCGCGACCAAGGUAUUGUCGUUGAUGGGCCGAAGAGUGGUUCACCUCGGCGGACCCGGAGCGGGCCUCAAAGGCAAGCUGGCCAACAACUACCUUCUCGCGCUCAACAACAUUGCAACUGCAGAAGCCAUGAGUAUGGGCGUCAAAUGGGGCCUUGACCCCAAAGCCCUAGCUGGCAUGAUCAAUACGGCGACGGGCAAGUGCUGGCCGAGCGAAGUCAACAACCCUGUGCCUGGUGUCAUUGAAGGCUCGCCUGCUAGUAGAGGGUACGAGGGAGGGUUUGGGAUAGCUCUCGCCAACAAGGACCUGAAGCUUGCGCUCAAAGCAGCAGCCGAGGCCGAUGUCAAGCUUGCUUUGGGUGAACCAGCACGAGCACUAUACGAUGCUGUAGAGCAGGCGGAAAACUGCAAAGGAAAGGACUUUUCUGUUGUAUACAGGUAUCUAGGUGGUAAAGAGUAGUAGGCGAAUAAAAUAAAAGGAACUUGAUUCAAUAACAAGGCUGUUG